CUCGACCCGUUUCUCUUGGGGAUGGUGUCAGGGAUGGGCAUGUGCCUGGUUGUUGCCGCUGAGUGAGUGAAGAUAGAUGCAGUAGCCGUCCACUUGACAUUUUCUGUUCAUCUUAGGCUCAGUCAGUCAGGUGGGGGCAUCAGGGCAUGAAAAAAGCUUGUGUGUGUGGACUGGAUCAUUGCAGAAGGAUACCAAGGGGACAAAGAUUCUCCAGCAAAAAGGAGGUACCAGUAAGUAAGAUUCUUGAUUUUUCCCCUUUCUUUUACAUACAGUACACAAGGGAGCAGUUCUUCUUUUCCACCUAUAGUAUAGUCUACUAGAUGGGGUAAAAAAGGCUUCUUUUCUGCCCCCACCAAGGAAAAAGCAAACGACUUGAUGUGGUAUAGAUAGGUUCCCUGUCCCUCUGUGAUCUCCACGGAUUUAAUCUGCAUGUGGUGCUUGGGCCACUGGUCUGCAGAGGAAAUAAUGCAAUCUUGAGGUAGUUUCCUUGGUGGUGCUACUGGUGAAACGAAACCUCAAGAUUUCAUUGGAGCAAGUGAAACUGAGGGGUGGUUGUCAUGAUGUGCCGUAGGGUCCAGCGCCGGAGUGGUUGUUGAUGCUGUGAUUGGGUUUUCAAAGUGAGAGGAGGAGGAGAAGAGGAGCAGGAUAUAGAUCUCAUCAGCGAGCCAGCGAUGGGAUUUGUGCCGAGGGGCUGAAGCGCUUUCUCUGGUCGCUCCCAAUUGCUUGACUGAUGGAGGCGCCGCCGCCGACGCCGUCGCAAGCCCGGCUCGCCGGACUAGGGGAGCUCCAUGGUUCUCUGGCGUGCUGCUGAGCUAGGCUGCUCCAGGCUUCCAGGAGGAGGAAUCUGCUGUCUUUUUCUGGGAGAGGAGGAAGAAGGGAAGAAGAUACUGAUCUUUGGUCCCUCAAGCUGCAGUCAGCAGCUUUGACGUACCCGUUAGGAGCAGCAGCACCUGAGAUCUUCAGUUCUGGCAUGGCCUCGUUUGGGAUGGACUGGAACCUGAAGAGUUCAGUACUGUGGGACUGGGAGAAUUUGCCGCCGCCGAUAGGCAUCAAUGCGGACGAGAACCCUAAGAAUGGGAUGCAGGCUGAGCCAAGAUUUGCAGCUACCAUGGGGAAUGAAGCACUCCAUUACUCUGGCGGCAGCAGCGCUUUCUCUUCCAGCUCGGAGAUGGGAUAUGGUUCUUCCAGGAGCUCCAUGUCUGCAUCGAUUGAUUCUUCCUCCAAGGUGGGGAACAACAUGGAGUUCAGGUUUGCACCUGCCAAAAACCCUGAUAGGAACACCAGCAAAAAUGCUGGGUCGGGUAAAGUUGAUUACACCAGAACUGGGACAUCUCCUUCAUCGGUGGUAGCAGUGACCAGCGGAGAGCCGGUGAUCGGCCUGAAGCUUGGCAAGCGAACUUACUUCGAGGAUGCUUGUGGAGCACAGAAUACCAAGAGCUCACCAUCUGGUGCGAGUACACCGAACCAGUCUCCUGCUUCGGCCAAGAAGGCAAAGGUGGAUCAUCAUAAGCCGCAUAACUCCUACUGUCAAGUUGAAGGCUGCAAAGUUGAUCUCUCUGCUGCUAAAGACUACCACCGAAAGCACAGAGUCUGUGAACUUCAUUCUAAGGCGCCCAAAGUUGUUGUCGCUGGUCUGGAGCGACGCUUUUGCCAGCAGUGUAGCCGGUUUCAUGCUUUAGGAGAGUUUGACCAGAAAAAGAAAAGCUGCCGUAGGCGUCUCAAUGAUCAUAAUUCCCGCAGACGGAAGCCACAGCCAGAAGCAAUUUCAUUCAGUUCAUCAAGGAUGUCUACCAUGUUUUAUGAUGCAAGGCAACAGACAAGUCUUCUAUUCGGUCAGGCUCCUUAUAUUCAAAUGAGAGGCUAUGCCAGUUCUUCAUGGGAUGACUCAGGAGGCUUCAAAUUUACAGAAACAAAAGCUCCUUGGUUAAAGCCAACAACUGCUGCAGGUAUUGAUAGGAUGCACUUAUCUAGUCAGCAGGUGUCGGACAAUAUUAUGCCGCAUGGUGCACAUCAUGGUUUUGAUGGGUUCAUGGCAUUCAAGGGAACUGGUGCAAAGUUCCUUAAUCAAGGCGUCCAAGCUUCUGCUGUCGCUUCCGACUCCAGUGGAGCCCCGGAUAUUCAGCAUGCUCUCUCUCUUCUGUCAAGCAACACAGUGGGUGUUGCCAACCUCCAGCAAAGUCCCCAGAUUCACACCGGGAUAGCCGCCACUGCCGGCAUCCCCAACCCUGUGGUGCACGAGCUGGGCUCAUCACCAGGACUCUGGCCAGAUGGCCCACCAGUCGAUGAUCAUCCACGCUUCCAGGUUUUCAACCGCUUGGGGGGCCACGACAGUGAGCUCCAGCUCCCAAAGUCUUCAUACGACCACACCUCGCACUUCGACCGGAUGCACUGAUGAUGAUGCUCCGGUCACCCUCCUUGGCGCCUGGUUCCAUCAGGCGUCGCUGUUUCUUCUCUAAAUCCUCAAUUUCGUUGCUAGUUGUUCUUGCCUGCCUAGAGGCAUGCGGUUUGACGAUGCCAAUAAUAAAGGCGCACACUGAAAGACCUAGGAUCAAACUGAUCCAGUGGUGUAGCAAGGCAUGGAAAAAGGAAUUUGAGCUUGCCAUCAUCUGCUAUGUAUCUGAAUUGCUUCUGCAAUUGUACUGCAAGAGAUCGUUAUUUUGAAUUUCU